GAUUGAUUAAUUUACUGCAGCGACGAAAAAUGUUUUUAAUUUAAGCGUUGUUUAUUAAUUGAAUGUAUUGAAAGAAACUCUACGUUUGUGUUAAAAAAAAAUUAAAAUGGAAAGGAAUUUGGGCGGUGUUUAUGAAAAACAUUUGGAAAUUGCAAAACCUAUACAUAUUCAAAGAUUAGAAGCAAGUUUAGAUGUAAUGCCAUACUUCUCUUAUGCAAAAUCUAUUUUAACUCAAACAUUAUCAGAUUCAGAUAUCGAUUCAGAUUCUGAUUUUCAAGAAGUACCAGAAGUAUUGGUAUAUGGUGAUAAACUUGUUCAUGAGGUAGUUACAACAAAAGAAGAACGACGUUCAGAUAAAUUCCGAUUAUACAAUUUUACAAAUGUUGGAAGGGAACGACAAUGGCUGCAAGAAACUUUAAUAAGUGAUAGUAAUUCUUCUGAUAGCGAUGUGGAAUAUUAUAAGUCACAUCAUGAAUAUUUACAAGAAAUGCUCAAGGUUCAUGUUAAAAGGAAGAAUAUACAAGCACGCCUACGUAACAAAUUUAGUAAACAUAGGUAUCAGUACUACUCUAGUGGUUUAUUAUCAAAUCAUGAUAGAUUUUCAGAACAAUUAAAAUCUAAUGUGAAUAUAAAAAAAAGAAAGAGAAAACAGGACAAGAAAAAUUUAAAAGUCAGUAACAAAGAGAGUAAAUCAAAUGUUUUUCGAGAUGAUAAUCAAGGAGACUUCAGUUAUGAAAUGCACUCAAAUAAAAGUGUAUUGCGUAAUAAUUUCAAACAAGAAGUUCCUUAUCAAGAGUUUGAAUACCAAUUGCCAUUAUAUUCUGGCCAUGCCAAUAAUAAAUCCGCUUCUAGAUCGAAGAAAAAAUCACAAAUGGCCAAAACUCCAGAAUUCAUGGCUGCUAAAAGACGUAAAAUGUGGCAACUAAUGUCAAAAAAGGAAUUGGGAAAGGUUCAGAGAUCUAAAGUCAAUAAUCAUAAGGAAAAUUUAACAUCUUGUAAGCGAUUAGCCACUGUGUGUAUGAAAAUAUGUCGACAACGAGCAAUGGCAACUCAAAAAGUAUUAAAGGAAAAUGUAUGGAGAGCCAAAAGGUUGACUCGUGAAAUGCAAGCUUAUUGGAAAAGAUACGAUAGGGUAGAGAGAGAAACUAAACGCAGGAUGGAGAAAGAAGCUGAGGAGCAACGCAAGAUGGACGUUGAGUUAAUUGAAGCUAAAAGACAGCAGCGUAAAUUAAACUUCUUGAUUACUCAAACUGAGCUAUAUGCCCAUUUUAUGUCAAAAAAGUUAGGAAAAGUUUCUCCCGAGGAGCAGCUACGUAUUCUAAGCCAACUUGAUGAGGAAAUAAACCCCAGGCUAGCUGCAAUUGAUGAUUAUGACUGUGAAUCAAUGAAGCAAAAAGCUAAGAAAAAUGCGUCCGCUGCGUUUUUAUCAGAACAAGCACGAACAAAGAAAUUCGAUAGUUCAGCUAGUGCUGCUUUAUCAUAUCCAUUAGAUUCCAGCAUUGAAGAUCAACCACAACCAACAAUUUUCAAAGGAAAUUUGAAAGGUUAUCAGUUAAAGGGCAUGACGUGGUUGGCCAAUCUUUAUGAUCAGGGUAUCAGUGGAAUUUUAGCAGAUGAGAUGGGUUUAGGGAAAACAGUUCAAUCAAUAGCUUUUCUAUGUCAUGUUGCUGAACGUUAUGGUGUCUGGGGUCCUUUCCUUAUUAUUUCACCAGCUUCUACAUUGCACAAUUGGCAGCAAGAAAUGGCCAGAUUUGUACCCGAUUUCAAUGUUGUUCCAUAUUGGGGUUCUCCACAUGAGAGAAAAAUUUUACGACAGUUCUGGGAUCAAAAAGGCCUCCAUACAAAGGAUGCCAGUUUUCAUGUAGUUAUUACAAGUUAUCAGUUAGUUAUAAGCGAUUACAAGUAUUUUAAUCGCAUUAAGUGGCAAUAUAUGAUUUUGGAUGAGGCCCAGGCAAUUAAAUCAAGCAGUAGUGUACGAUGGAAAUUAUUAUUAGGUUUUAAUUGCCGAAACAGGUUAUUACUUAGUGGUACUCCAAUUCAGAACAGCAUGGCUGAGCUGUGGGCUUUGUUGCAUUUCAUAAUGCCUACUUUAUUCGAUUCGCAUGAUGAAUUUAAUGAGUGGUUUUCUAAGGAUAUUGAAAGUCAUGCUGAAAAUAAAACCGGCAUUGAUGAAAAACACUUAUCAAGACUACAUAUGAUAUUAAAACCUUUUAUGCUUCGCCGAAUAAAGAAAGAUGUUGAAAACGAGUUAUCUGAUAAAAUUGAAAUUAUGGUGUAUUGUCCACUAACUACCCGGCAGAAGUUGCUUUAUAUUGCUUUACGUCAAAAAAUUCGAAUAGAGGAUUUAUUGCAUUACACAAUCGGAGGAGGAGGAGAUUCUGGUCAUUUAGUUGAUAAAAAUUUUACAUCAAAUCUUAUGAAUUUAGUGAUGCAAUUUCGUAAAGUUUGCAAUCAUCCGGAGCUUUUUGAGAGAAGAGAUGCUCGAUCUCCUUUUGCUAUGAAAACUAAUGAUUACGUUGUGCCAGUGUUGAUAUAUAAUGAUGGCAUUUUGAAGCAAUCAUUUCCAUCCAAAAAACACUUACUUUACAAUAAGUUUAAUAUUUUUACUGCCUCUAAUAUAUGUACAUCAUUAAGUGAAACGUUGGGAACAAGUAAGAAUUCUUCACAGUUUUCUACUUCUACAUUUUCUUUUACAAGAUUUAUAGAUUUGUCAUAUCAAGAAGUUGAAGAUGUUUCUUUGGGAGGUAUUAUAAAAUUUUGGUGCAGUUUGUUAUCAGAACAAAAGCAAGGUGAUCGUGUUAUUUUUAAUCAAUUGUGGUUAGAGAACGGUUUAUCUUCAUACAAAAGGCCACUGCUAAAGCUAUAUUUGGACCAUAAUUUGCAUUCUUAUUCAAAAAGAGCUAAUAGUGAAAUAUUGAAAUCUCUCUUAUUCACCUCACCUUUGUCAACUGAAAGUUCAAUCUAUGUACAUACAAACCAUAUUUACCAUUACAUGCAAGAAACCAUGGAACACAGGAUCAUUAGGAGUAAAAAUCAAGUCAAUAUGGAUGAUCUAGAUAAUUCCAGCUUGCUACAUGAGAUCAUUCAUAAGGAAAGAAAACCCAGAAUAUUUAAAUGCCAGCCAACGAAUAUGCCUUUGUUUGUAUAUGGUUUAUAUCCUAAGGUUCAAACGAAAUCUCGUGCUUUGUACUGUUCAAACAGAGCAGCACAAUGGGCUAAAAUAAGACACGAUCAGUGCGAAAAUUUAGCUGGUCUUCAAUUAGUGAGUUGUGGAUCAGCCCCUAUUCUGGGAUAUUCAUUUGAAGAUAUUGGAGGACUAGAAGCAGCAAAGCCUGGAAAAGGCUGGUCAAAUAUCAUUGUUCCAGAUAAGCAAACUUUAGUUUCGGAUGCUGGAAAACUUGCAGUAUUAGAUAAUUUACUCACCCGUCUAAAAGCAGGUGGUCAUCGUGUCUUGAUUUACUCUCAAAUGACGAAAAUGAUUGAUUUAUUAGAGGAAUAUAUGUGGCACCGUAAACAUAAAUAUAUGAGAUUAGAUGGGUCCAGUAAAAUAUCAGCUCGUCGUGAUAUGGUAGCUGAUUUUCAAUCGCGUGCAGACAUAUUUGUAUUUUUAUUGAGUACCAGAGCUGGCGGCUUGGGAAUUAAUCUUACUGCUGCAGAUACUGUGAUAUUCUACGAUAGCGAUUGGAAUCCCACAGUUGAUCAGCAGGCUAUGGAUCGCGCGCAUCGUUUGGGUCAAACUAAACAAGUAACUGUUUAUAGGCUUAUAUGCAAAGGAACUAUUGAGGAACGUAUAUUGCAGCGUGCCCGUGAAAAGAGUGAGAUUCAACGUAUGGUAAUAAGUGGAGGAAAUUUUAAACCUGACUCACUAAAACCAAAAGAAGUUGUAUCUUUGCUUCUAGAUGAUGAUGAAUUGGAACUCAAAUAUCGACAAAAGUCAGAUGAAAACUAUGAUAUUAACAAAAAGCGAAAGUUAUCUCAGACUUCAAAGCAUCCUGAGGCAAAACGUGGUCGUCCACAAACACCGGAUAUUACAGAGAAUUCUGCAAGCCAACCGCCAGAGCCCGAGUCGUCCGUUCCAGGUAGUCCGCGAAGCGAAUGCUCGGGUGCCCUCACACUUGGGAGUUCGGCAUCUAGUUCAGGAUACGGCGGGGAAACAGAUAAUAUAAUAGUGGAUGCUGAAGAAGCUUCCCGAAGAGAAGAAACUACCUUUGCAGGGUUUUCGCUCGGAUUCAAUCCGCGUAGACGACAUCAUCCACGUGGUACGAAACGGGGACGACCUAGGGGUUCUCGUAGAGGUGGUGGUAAUGGCGCUCCUACUUCUAGGCCACCUGGAGCAGAGCAGACGCCGGCCAAUUCUACUCUUGAUGCAACGCCGAUGGAACCUCCCAGUGCUGGUACUUCUGCUGGUAUCAAUGUGAGUGCUUCUUCCACUAGCGACGCUUCACCUGGUAGUAAUCCUCUGUCACCAAGCUCAAGAUUAUUACAGGGCUCUUGUUAUAGACGUGGACCUGGGCGACCACGCUUGAAAUUAUCUGGUCCCGCACACAGAGGUGUGCGCAGGCCUAGAAGACCUCACGGCCCCUUACCAGUACCGCUUGGUUCUCGAUUUGCACCAUCUCCUCCAGCUACUGUGGAACACAAAUUUUAGAUGUGAAAUAAUACACAGAAUUAUUUUAAUAUACCACUGGGUGUGUAUUUAAUGGAAUAGAAUUCAAUAGAAUUUCUAAAAUUUUUAAAGACUUUGGAUAUUUUAAUGUGAAAACGAAGCAAUGAACAACACUAAUUAUGUUUUGUGUUUUAACAAGACUCGGCUAGUUUCUUGAUAUACCGCGUUACCAUAAACAGCAACUUCAAUUGCAAAUUAUCCCAGUCACAUAUUUAUAUUGAUAGGGAGGGUGCGUUCAUUAAUCACGUGAUCGAUUUCUAAGGUUUUGUGGACUUCCCUCCCCCUUGGUGAUAUUUCAAAUUACCCUUCCUCCCCCACACAAAAUCACUUGUAUUUUUAGUACCUGACAAAUAUCGUAAAAUAUUUGACUUUUUUUUAAAUAUAGAUUUUUUUUUAAUCGAGGUUGAAAAUAAAUGCACGUGAUAUCUUACUAGACUCUCCCUCCCUAACGUGAUAUUUUGUGAUCUUUUGUCAAACCCGCUCCCCUUUGACGCUCACGUGAUUAAUGGACGCCUUCAUACCAUCUACAUUGAUAUGUGUCACUGCAGCAUAAGUCUAUCUAAAAAUAAGAUACGAGGUAAUCACUUAUUUACUUAAGUGUUCAUUUAUAUUGUUAGAGUGUGAUCUCUAUUGAUAAUAUGGUAUUGGUAAUAUAGAAUUACUGACAAUGACAGUGUGGUAUUUUUUGCAAGGUGUGUUUGUAUAUGAGAUUUGGUAACAUCACCAAAUGGCAGGUGUAUUGAAAUGCUGUAUAUAUGAGGAGAAUAUAAGUAUAUGUUGUGGACUGUAAUUUAUAAUAAUUUAU